AUGGCUGAUAUUUCAUCGAGAUUAACAUACGGGAAUAAGAUAUUAUUUGGAAAAGCUAUGGCAGAGAUAAAGCAAUAUAUCAGUUCUUCAACAGAAGUGUGUCCCCAAUCUAUUACUUCGGAGCAUUUGAAUGUUGUCAAUAAUAGCCUGUCCUCAAGCAAUGGUAACAGGCUAGCUGACUCCUUAAAAAAAGAUGACUCUGAUGGUGAUAUUCCAGAUGCAACGAUACAAAUUGCUAAGAAAAGGAAAUUAUUAGAUUGGCAGUCGAAUGUUGAUCCUACAUACGAUACAAAAGAAAUAGUCAUCGACUCUCAAAAAGCUGAUAGUAGUAAAUACAGUGCAUUGUCUGAUAAUUUUGACGGUAUAACUGCGAUUAGGAGCAUAUCUGAGAUUGACGAUGUAAAAUUAGAUUGCGAUUCCUCUGACUACGACUUUAAUAAAGAUGAUGACGAUGAUGCAUUACUUAUGGAAGAAGGUUUAACUCCGCAAAAGCAAUUAUCAAAACGACCUCCAGUACCUGGUGAUAUCAUUUGGUAUAAAUACGAAAAGGAUCCUCAUUGGCCUUGUCUAGUGCUCAAAACCUAUAAGAAAGCUAACAAGACUAAUAAGCCUACUAAGAAGACUAAAAGGACUACUAAGAAGAUUGAAAAGAUUACUAAAUUGAAAAUUCUGUUUUUAAUUAGCAAUCAAACGUUAAUAACUGCAAGAAUGAAAAAUUGGGCUUUCUUUUUUUCUGAAUGCGAACGAUACAAGAUUGCGGGAAAGAAAAGUAAAUAUUCUGAGGAUUUCAUGAAAUCUGUAAAUCUUGCGGAACGUCUUUUUCUCCGGAAGGAUAAGGACAUGGCAUCCAUAUUCAAGGAAAUAAACUAUGUACCUGAGACAAGAAAUGUUAGAAGUACAUACUCCGAUACUGACAGUAGUGAUAAAGAGUCAGAUUUUGGUUAUGAUAUAAUUCCAAUUCAGGAGCCGAAGACGCUCUUUGGAAUACAAGUAACAGAAAUUGCAGAUGAUUCUGAUUUAUCAAAGGGGAAGGAAGUUUCAGAAGGCGACUACCUUUGGGCCAAAUUUCCUACCUGCCCUUGGUGGCCGGCAAAGGUAAUUGAUAUAGAAACUAGCGACGCAACGGAAACCAUAACUGUCUCUUUCUUCGGAGAAAACUCCAUGGAAAGCUUCAAGUCAAGUUCAAAUUCAAUCCGGUUAUGGAAUUGCAAGGAAAAGAGGAAAAUGAUAAAGACAGGGAUGCAUUCGAAAAGCGACAAGAACAAUAACACAACGGAUGAAGAAGUAACUCGAACUCCUGAACCUGGUGAUAUAAUUUGGUACAAACACAAAUUGCUUUCCUACUGGCCGGCAAUGGCGAGACAUCUUGAAGAGAAACUCCAUGAAGAUUUUACGCAAGCCGUAAAUCUUGCUGAGUCUUUCCUGAACCGCACAGAUGAGGAUAUUGAAUUUUUAGCUGAAGAAAUUCUUAAAUAUGAAAGUGAAAAUGAAGAUGAAAUCGAAGAUGAUGAUACAGUUAUUAAUCGCCAGUUAAGCCAGGAUUUAAUGAAUAUCAUCGUGAGUGAUGAUAUGAAGAGCAUGCUUAAGAGAAUACAUGCUGGGGAAGAAAGUAGUUGGCGUCAUAAAAUUUUUACACUGGGAAGUAGGUCGGCUGUUGCGGAUCUAAAAUUGCAAGCUGGCUUUGGACCAAUACACAAAAAUCAAUACCACGAAUUGAUGAGUACGCUAGAAGAAAUUUAUUAUGAAAUUAACAACGACUUAAAUCCGGACGAUAUAUUUUUUCAGUGUCGCAGUUAUUGCUAUGAUGUUCUCCUGCCUGAGGCUAUUAUACGUUCCCUUCGAUCACAUUACAACUUGACAUUAGAAGAAGCUGAAAAGAAAUAUUUAUCGUAA